GCAUGCAUUUUAAUGUGAAAUGGGAGACCAGAGAGCUCCCAUGUUCUUAAGCUACACUAUAAACCCAGAGGCUCCAGCACACUGCAGUUGAAUUGCUCUUAAAUGCAAGGAGAAAAGCUGCAGAUUAACAGUAUUUAGAUGCAUUGGUUUGAUGUAAUUUCAGGCUGCCUGAAUUAAUGUUCUGUGACAAGCCCUCCCUUGCAAACCUUUAGAAGCAAACUGCUUCUUUGUCUACAGUUUUAAGCUUGGCUACAGUCUCUGGUAGAUUCUGCAUUGUUUCUCACAUAUUGGUUUUUGGACAAAGUCGAAUCAUCAUCUAUGAAGGACUAACUGCCCAAAGGGUAUAUACCCAAUUGCUAGUGGUUUAUUCAGCUUUGACACUUCUCAGUGUGAUCCUAACUGCCUUUUGUAAAGCAAGCAGGCAAGGGAAAGGCUCAAGAGACUUUCUUCUAUUCAUUUCUGUAAUAGUUUUCUUGCCACGGGAGGCUUAAGAAGAUUUGUACUGCCUGCUUUCUUUUCAUUAUCAGUGAGUGCAAUGCUGUUGGGUGGUACAUGCCAGAGCCCUGCUCUUCCAGCCCUGGUGCGUACUCCAGCCCCACCAUUACAGCCAUCGCUGGAUAUUAAACCAUUUCUUCCAUUUCCCCUGGACACAGCAGCAGCAGUCAAUCUCUUCCCCAACUUCAAUGCAGAAGUUCUGGGAGAUGUAGAAGCAAAGAGAGUCUUUGAAGUUACUUCACGAUUCAGUAAGAUACUCCCCAGAAGGAUGUCUCCUCUGAUAACUGAGUUUUCCCCAAACCUGAUUGCUGUUCCUGUCUGGCUUUGUCACCAUCACCUGCAGCCAAGCUCUUGGCUUCCUUUGAUGCAGAUGGAUCCAAUUCAGAAAGCUGUAAUAAAUCAUACAUUUGGGGUUCCUCUCCCUCAUCGAAGAAAGCAAAUCAUAUCAUGCAACAUUUGCCAGCUGAGAUUUAAUUCUGAUAGCCAGGCUGCGGCCCACUACAAAGGCACUAAACAUGCCAAGAAGCUCAAAGCACUGGAAGCCAUGAAAAAUAAGCAGAAAUCUGUUGCUACCAAGGACAGCGCAAAGACUACCUUCACUUCCAUCACUACCAAUACCAUCAAUACCAGCUCUGACAAAACAGACCUUACCACUGGGACACCAGCAAUAUCAACAACAGUGGAAAUUCGGAAAAGCAGUGUUAUGACAACUGAGAUCACCUCUAAAGUGGAAAAAAUCCCCACAACAGCCACUAGCAGCAACACAUGCCCUUCCGUGGAGACAGAGGAAGAAAAGGCAAAAAGGCUGCUUUACUGUUCACUAUGCAAGGUUGCUGUCAACUCCACCUCACAGCUGGAGGCGCACAACAGUGGGACUAAGCACAAAACUAUGUUGGAAGCCCGGAAUGGAAGUGGAACCAUUAAAGCCUUUCCCCGGGCCGGUGUCAAAGGCAAGGGACCUGUUAAUAAAGGAAACACGGGCCUACAAAACAAAACAUUUCACUGUGAAAUUUGUGAUGUACAUGUAAACUCCGAGACACAACUUAAACAGCACAUAAGUAGUCGAAGGCACAAAGAUCGAGCUGCUGGGAAACCCCCUAAACCUAAAUAUAGUCCUUACAACAAACUCCAAAAAGGAGCACAUCCACUUGGGGUAAAAUUAGUAUUUUCAAAGGAACCUUCAAAACCAAUGGCACCACGAAUCUUACCAAACCCACUAGCAGCUGCAGCAGCAGCUGCUGCUGUGGCUGUGAAUUCCCCUUUCAGUCUUCGAACAGCUCCUGCAGCGACUCUGUUCCAGACUUCAGCACUUCCUCCAGCACUCCUACGACCAGCUCCUGGGCCUAUAAGGACCACCCAUACUCCUGUGCUGUUUGCUCCUUACUGAACUCCAAACAAGAAUCAAUUGUACUGCAAUAAUUUUUCAAAACAAAAACCAACAAGAAGCAAAUCAAGAACAUGGAACUAUGCAGUGUUUAUUUAUAGUUUAAAGUAUCUAUGAAGAACCAGGACUUUUGAUAGAGAAUUGAUCAUAUUCUAAAAGAGGGAUGGGGCAGUAUUUUCUCCAAAUGAGGGUAUUCCUCUUGAAUAUUGACCAUUUUAGAAGUGAUCUCCAGCAUUGACUCACAGUGACAUAUAGAACUUGUGAAGCCUUUUUGACUGUGCUUUUUGGCACAUAUUUCCCCUGAAAUGUCUUUCCUGCUUUAUGAAACAACUUACAAAUUUGUCUAAAGGGCAUUAACUUGUUCCAAUGUACAUAAAAUACCUUUAUUCUGUAGAUUAAAUCAAGAAGAAGAAAAAGAAACACUGUGAAUAGUAGUACCCUUACUGAUCCUCCUGCCAAAUCAGCAGUUAAUGGGUAUUUUUCUGAACAAAAGUAGCUACAAUAGAUGUCUUGUACAACAAUAGUAUUGUGUCUCUAUCUAUGCCACUAGGUUUAUAACUGAGUUGCAAAAGGUUAAAUAAACAAAAUAUCUCACUUUGUUAAAUAGGCAAAAUGACAAUGAUAAUGUGGUGUUCCUAGUUAGAAUAUGUUCUUUUCCUCACCUAAUAGAAAAAGUUAAAGUACAGAGACAUAGAGUAGAUCUAUGGUUAAGGCAAAAUAAGAGAUAAAGAACAUUUAGUGUAAAACUUCCAUAUGCUGUACACAAAAAAGGAAAACUUCCAACUGAAUAAUAUGUGUACAGUGUAUGUAUUCAAAAGUGCUAAUACUUACAGGAUGGAUUUAUGGUAAAGCUAUAAAGGUGGACAGCAAAAAUAUUCUGUUUUCCUGAGUCACAAAGUAUAAAUGCAUUAGUUUUAGAACAAAGGGAUGUCAAGAGUGGGUUAUGCAUGGUCAUACAUAGCAAAUUAAAAUGAUCUGUGAAAAUCUGGCCCCACAGAUGACAACAGGAGAUUUGCCAUUGACCUCUGUGGAGCUAGGAUUUCGCCCCAAGAUUAGGACAUAUUUUUUUGAUAUUAUACCAGUACGAAUUUGUGUAUUGAAUAGACAUCAACACUUUUUUGUUAUGGGUGUAGCCACAGAAAUGAAUAUGUUCUAUCAUUUUAACUUCCUACUGAUGUGAUAUAUAUAAGCAGCAACACACAAUAUACAUAUUAUGAGAUAAUUGCACAUCAUGGGUUUGGAGCAAAUACCACAUUUAGUAUUCUAACGGACCUGAAAUUCUGUAGCUAAUCUUUUCAUACUUUGCAAGCUUUUAAAGCCUUAUAUAUUCUCUAUGAGGCUUAAAGGGGUUGAUAGUGUCCCUAUAAAAUAGGAUUCAUCAGGGGUAUAUAUAUAUAUAUAUAGAUAUAUAUAUAUAGAUAUAUUGUAUAUAUGUUAGAGUAAGAAAAAUAACUUAUAAACAGAAAAGCUACUAUAUAAAGUUAUUAUAUAACCACUCAGUUUCAUAUGUGGGUCAUUAAAUAGUAACAAAGAUCAGAGAAAAAAAUCAGCAUGUCUUGAAUCUGAUAUUUGCUGCCUGCUUUUCCUGAUAGGGAUCUGAAAAAAAAAUCUAUUAAGAUUAUGGAGUGGCUGUGAGUCUGAUGCAGCCACUCUGAUGUGUAGCUCAGUGAAAAGAUGACCAUACUCUUAAGAUGAAGAAAAAAAUCAAAACCAUAAUUUAAGUUUGGGGCGGGGGGAAUGGUUAAAAGAUUUUAUAAUGGUGCUCUUCAUAUAAAAUAAGGGCCAUGAGGUCACCACCUAAAAGUGCUUGGGGUAGAUUGCGAGAUGUACAAGGUGGAAAUAUGCAGCACCCUCAACUUUCAGGUUAUUUAGUGGGCCUGCCACGCACAUUGGUACUUGCCAUUUUUUAAAGCUUACCUUCAUAUAUUUUUUUUACAAAAAUAAAUAAAAGAGAGAGAGAGAUGGACACUGAUGGAUGUGUCCAAAGAAUUCCAAAGAUGUGUGUUUAUUUCUCUAUAAGGGUUAAUUAAAAUAAGCUCUGUAUUAAUCAUGUCUAUGAUUUGGUCCAGUUUGUCUGCAAAAGUUUGUGCCUUGAAAUCAAGUUGGUUGAUAGGAAUCACCUUAAUUAGAUAUUGGGUACAAAUGAAAUAUUAUGGUGAUUUCAGGACUACUUAAUUACCUGAAUUUUUGACCCAAGGUAUUCAUAAAUGGGAGAGAAAAGGUAAGCUCCUAAUGUCAUAUUUAGGCAUCAAAAUAGCUGGGAUGAUUUUAAAAAGUGCUCAGCCACCAGAGGCGCCCCAUGGGGUUAUAAAUGGAUCCACCUCUAAAGUGGUAGGCCUGCCAAUCAGUGUAUAUGAAAAUCAGCCCUCUCAUUUAGAUGUAUAAAGAUAGUUUUAGGAGCCUAACUUUGAUCUCUCCUUUUAAAAAUCUUGGCUUUGCUCUUAUAAACUAUCCAGCCUAUGUUCUGUAUGCAGUAGCUGUGAUGUCAUCAUCACGUGGCAUAUCCCUUACCAAAGCGGGCAGUGGUUUUUAAGCUGCGCUUGAUGAUACCAUUUUUCAGCAGUGUCUUUUCUAGUGGUCCACAGAUUAAAACCUUUGAGAAUCAAGGGGAGGACUGGAGUGUUGGGAAGAAAGGUGAAAUAAUACGUAGACCGGAAAAGUGGAAAAAUCACUAACUUAUUUAAUAGUCUUGUGCACACCAUAUUGGGAUGAGGUUUGGGGGAACGCAUCCUGCCAUGCUAUCACAAUGCCAUUAAAAUCAACAGACCCAUCUUUGUGAACAUGUUGUGGCCUGUGGCAUGAAUGGAGGCACAGUACUAAGGGAAGAGUUAAUAACAGUUUUUCUCAAAAUAAAUAGUGUCAUUCCAACUAUUUCCACCUGCAACUUCGCUGUCUGUCUCUUGGACCUUUUUUUGUCACAGCGCUCUAUAGAACAAUUUUUUGUUCCCACAAGUCUCUCAAACUUCAGCUGUACACAACAAUCUCAAACCUUUUUAUGUCUCUUACUCACUACCUAAUAAAGGAUAAAGCCUAAAUGUUAGACUGUAUAGUGGGUUUUCUGUGCCUUGCUGUCCUCACCACCUGUUGAGCGGCACCUAUUGUCAGGAAUAAAUCAGAAUCAUUGGGAUCCAAUCUCCUCUGCUAACAGAUGUUUUCUCU